AUUUUCCAACAAUCUUCCUAAUAUUUGGGCUCACUAGAACAUUUUCUCUUUCAAACUGCCCAGACGUUGGACAGGACAUAGACAUACAGAAGAAGAGAAGAAAAGAACAGGUAGAAAAAUUUAAAAGGUGACCAUGGGGAAGAAAGUAGCCAUCAUUGGAGCUGGCGUGAGUGGCUUGGCCUCCAUCAGGAGCUGUCUGGAAGAGGGGCUGGAGCCCACCUGCUUUGAGAAGAGCAAUGACAUUGGGGGCCUGUGGAAAUUUUCAGACCAUGCAGAGGAGGGCAGGGCUAGCAUUUACAAAUCAGUCUUUACCAACUCUUCCAAAGAGAUGAUGUGUUUCCCAGACUUCCCAUAUCCUGAUGACUUCCCCAACUUUAUGCACAACAGCAAGAUCCAGGAAUAUCUCACUGCAUUCGCCAAAGAAAAGAACCUCCUGAAGUACAUACAAUUUAAGACAUUUGUAUCCAGUGUAAAUAAACGUCCUGAUUUUGCAACUACUGGCCAAUGGGAUGUUACCACUGAAAGGGAUGGUAAAAGAGAAUCGGCUGUCUUUGAUGCUGUGAUGGUUUGUUCUGGACAUCAUGUCUAUCCCAACCUACCAAAAGAGUCCUUUCCAGGACUAAACCACUUUAAAGGCAAAUGCUUUCACAGCAGGGACUACAAAGAACCAGGUGUAUUCAAAGGAAAGCGUGUCCUGGUGGUUGGCCUGGGGAAUUCGGGCUGUGAUAUUGCCACAGAACUCAGCCACACAGCAGAACAGGUCGUGAUCAGCUCCAGAAGUGGCUCCUGGGUGAUGAGCCGCGUCUGGGACAAUGGUUAUCCCUGGGACAUGGUGCUUAUCACUCGAUUUGGAACCUUUCUCAAGAACAAUUUACCAACAGCCAUCUCUGACUGGUUGUACAUGAAGCAGAUGAAUGCAAGAUUCAAGCAUGAAAACUAUGGUUUGAUGCCUUUAAAUGGAGUCCUGAGGAAAGAACCUGUAUUUAAUGAUGAGCUCCCAGCUUGCAUUCUGUGUGGCAUUGUGUCCGUAAAGCCUAAUGUGAAGAAAUUCACAGAGACUUCGGCCAUUUUUGAGGAUGGGACCACAUUUGAGGGCAUUGACUGUGUAAUCUUUGCAACAGGCUAUAGUUAUGCCUACAUGUUCCUUGAUGAGUCUAUCAUCAAAAACAGAAACAAUGAGAUCAUUUUAUUUAAAGGAGUCUUUCCUCCUCUACUUGAGAAGUCAACCAUAGCAGUGAUUGGCUUUGUCCAGUCCCUUGGGGCUGCCAUUCCCACAGUUGACCUCCAGUCCCGCUGGGCAGCACGAGUAAUAAAGGGAACUUGUACUUUGCCUUCUAUGGAAGACAUGAUGAAUGAUAUUAAUGAGAAAAUGGAGGGAAAGCGCAAAUGGUAUGGCAAAAGCGAGACCUUACAGACGGAUUACAUUGUUUAUAUGGAUGAACUCUCCUCCUUCAUUGGGGUAAAGCCCAACAUCCCAUGGCUAUUUCUCACAGAUCCCAAAUUGGCCAUGGAAGUUUAUUUUGGCCCUUGUAGUUCCUACCAGUUUAGGCUGGUGGGCCCAGGGAAGUGGCCAGGAGCCAGAAAUGCCAUCCUGACCCAGUGGGACCGGUCGCUGAAACCCUUGCAGACACGAGUUGUCGGGAGUCUUCAGAAGCCUCGCUUCUUUUUCCAUUGGCUGAAGCUCUUUACAAUUCCUAUUCUGUUAAUUGCUGUUUUCCUUGUAUUGACAUAAUCAUCAUUUUCUCUAGGAUUUCUGAAAGUUACUGACAAUACCCAGACAACAGCUUUGCUAUUUAAAAAUUAAAAUUUUCACACCAUCUACUUUUCUAUUCAGCAUCUUUUGCAGUACUCUGUAGAUAUUAGUCAGUAGCACAGUGUUAUUUCUAGGCUUUGAAAUAGCCACUUUAAGAAUCAUAUCAUGAUCUUGAGAGAGUACUAAUCAUUUCUGUUUGGGUUCCACUAACACUUCAAAAUCAGAACUAUGUUCUUUAUAUCUAACUUAAAUCAUUUCCUGAAACAUUUUGACAUGAUUCCUUUUUCCCUUUAAACAAUGUUUGAAAGAUGUAUUUUAAAUCUAAACAAAGAGCAAAUUAAGCAGAAUAAUUAUAAUAUGAUAUUCUCAGGCUACUUCUAUAAGCUAUUUGCAGGGUCAAGGGGGGAGUUUGGCUAUUAUACUAUUUUUCGUUUGUUUGUUUUGUGCAACAUAAUCCAGGUAAGACCUCCUCUCCCCUGCCCAAGAAACAUAGCAUAAGGACCUAGUCUAUACUGAAAGUUAACACAAAGUAAUUUGUUUUAUUUAUAUUCUCAACAAGGAAACAAACUUUUCAACUUUUAGCAGCAAAAGAAUAACAACAAUAACAAUGAGUUUAGUACCAAAUACACCUUUUUAGCUAAAUCUUUUAAAAAAUUAAAUAUUUAGCCAAAACUGUGAUCAAAAUCUAAUGCUUAUACAGACUUAUAGUCUUAUAUAGUCUACCCCAAUAGAUUAAACUUCUGAGGUACUAGAAUAAAUCUAAAAUUAUAUUUUAUAAUGUAUUACAUUUUAUAAUUAAAAUUUUCAUAAUUAUAAUUUUUAAAUUUUGACAUCAUAGGCAGAUAAAAUCAUCUGUCAGAAUCAUCAGUCGUCAGAGGGCUCCACCAGUUAUUAUAUUACGUAUUUCUUACUAAACCUUCACUUCCAACUUAGAUCAAUGGAGCAAAUAUAUAUGUGUGUGUAUAUAUAUAUUCCUCUUAAAGGUCUGCCAGUCCCAUUCCUGUGAUAAUCCAUUAAUUCAUUAAUCCAUAAAUGAUGCUUCCAUUUAUUUAGGCAGAGUCCUCAUAACCCAAUCGCCUCUUAAAGGCCUCUCCUUUCAACACUGCUACAAUGGGGAUUAGUUUUCAACAUGAGAUCUGGAGAGAAAAAACAUUCAAACCAUUGUAUCAUACAAAAAAAGGAUAUUAAAAAUUGGAUUAUAGCAACUUAAUCUUCCAUUUUUUGUACUGGCAUUUAUAACAUGAAGUAAAAAAAUUUUUAUGGGCUGUGUUUAA